AAUCCAUAGUGCUCUCCCUCCCUCCCUCCAAGUCCAAGUUAGACAGAGAGUUUUUGUUAGAGAGCUUUGGUUCCUCGACCUUUUCUCUUUUCCCAACUUUUACCUUCUUUCAACACUCUCUCUCAAAGGUUGGAUUUUAUAGGGACUGAAAUUGUUGAAUUUUCUGUUCUCCUGGUCACCUUUUCUUCUUCGUCUCUCUCUCUCUCUGUGACCCAAAAUUUAAUAGAAGAAAAGCUCCUUGCUUUCUUGCACUGCUUAGACUCCUGCUGAUUCUAUCGCACCCAGAUCGUGUCAGCUGCAGAGCUAACUGGGUUUAGCUGAUGAUUUGGUAAAUAUAUCUAUAUAUAUGUAGUCUUCAAGCUGUCCUUACCUGGAAGUAGAUUAAAGACGAGCUUUUCUUAAUUUGGGAAGUCGUUAUUGGACUUUGGCUUAAAUCAGUUUCUGCUUGUGGGUUACUGAAUUUGACCUUAGAAGGUGUCAAAUGUUUCUACUAUACUGUUAGAGAUGUAGAGAAAUUGAAGAUCACUAGAAGAGAAUGAUACAUGAAAACAUGGGAACUUGCUUGCUUUGAUUAUUUGCUCCUGGGAGUAGUUUAAUCUUCCUAUGGAAAUGGGUGUCUCUAUCUGGGUUUUCAAUUUCUUAUAGUGCCGAUUGUUGCUCAUUGAGUGUGUAUCUGGUUUGAUUCUUCUAUCUGAGGUAUCAAAUUUUCGGUUCAGUUCUGCUUUGAGGGUUUGACACGAUUUGUGGUUGGGGUCUUUUGUUUUUGAAGUCAUGAUCAAGAAUUUAAUUGGUAAGCUUCCUAGGAAGCCGUCUAAGUCAGCCGAGAAUCGUGAAUUUGGGGGUUCUUCUGCCCCUGCAUUGAAUGCUUCCUCUAUAGGUUCAAGAAGCGGUGAUGUAGGGAAUAGGCCAAUUAAUUCAAAUAGCGUACCUCUUUCGGGCCUUGAUUCUGAUUCAAAUUUAGGAUAUGGCCAUGGAAGUAAGCUCCCUCAACUUGUCAACUCAAGUCUGAAUUCUGUUACCACUUCUUAUGAAGCGUUUCCAGCGUUUAGAGAUGUACCAAACUCUGAGAAGCAUAACUUGUUUGUGAAGAAGCUGAACUUAUGUUGUGUGCUGUUUGACUUCACUGACCCAACGAAAAAUCUGAGAGAAAAAGACAUCAAGCGGCAGACGUUGCUAGAGCUUGUAGAUUAUGUUACUUCUGCAAAUGGAAAGUUCACUGAAAUCAUAGUGCAAGAAGUUGUAAAGGUCGUGACUGUGAAUUUGUUCAGGUCAUUCUCUCCACAGCCCCGUGAGAAUAAGGUUUUAGAAGGAUUUGAUGUGGAGGAGGAGGAGCCUUUGAUGGACCCUGCAUGGUCACACUUACAGAUUGUGUACGAACUUUUUCUGAGGUUUGUUGCAUCGCCCGAGACAGAUGCAAAGGUCGCUAAGAAGUACAUUGAUCAGUCUUUUGUUCUCAAAUUAUUGGAUCUCUUUGAUUCUGAGGAUCCUAGGGAAAGGGAGUACUUAAAAACAAUUCUGCAUCGUGUCUAUGGAAAGUUUAUGGUGCAUCGCCCAUUCAUUAGGAAGGCGAUCAACAAUAUAUUUUUCCGAUUUAUUUUUGAAACAGAAAAGCACAAUGGGAUUGCUGAGUUUUUAGAGGUUUUGGGCAGUAUAAUCAAUGGAUUUGCUCUUCCGCUUAAAGAAGAACACAAACUUUUCCUAGUUCAGGCUCUGAUCCCCCUUCACAAACCAAGAUGCUUACAAAUGUACCAUCAGCAGUUGUCCUACUGCAUUUCACAGUUUGUCGAGAAAGAUUGCAAGCUUGCAGAUACUGUUAUAAGAGGGCUGUUAAAGUACUGGCCAAUCACAAAUAGUUCAAAGGAAGUCAUGUUCCUAAGUGAGCUCGAGGAAACUUUAGAGGCAACUCAGCCAGCAGAAUUUCAAACAUGUAUGGUACCACUCUUCCGCCAAAUAUCUCGUUGCUUGAGCAGUUCACACUUUCAGGUGGCAGAGAGGGCCUUGUACUUGUGGAACAAUGACCACAUCGAGGACUUGAUCAGACAAAACCGUAAAGUCAUAUUGCCCAUUAUCUUUCCUGCUUUGGAGAAGAAUGGCCGCAACCACUGGAACCAAGUGGCACGGAGGUUGACAUUAAACAUCCGUAAAAUCUACUCUGACAUUGAUCCUGAGCUAUUUGAGGAGUGUUUGCUCAAAUUUCAAGAAGAUGAAGCAAAAGAGGAGGAGGUUAAAGCAAAACAUGCAGCCACCUGGAAGCACUUGGAAGAGAUUGCUGCUUCUAACGCUGUUAGCAGUGAAGCAGUUGUUAGCUGCUUGGACCCAACCCAGACAUCUCCAAGCUAAUGGUAGAGGGAUAUACUUAUGAAGUUAGAAGUUCUCAUAUUUCUGUUUUGUUGCUUUUUUGGAUCAUUGGGUGGGAGCAUUGCAUGCCCGUGUGCUAUGAAAGGUUGAACACUAAUUGAUAGUUGUCCAUAGCCUUGUCUGUUUUUCCCUCUAUUUUCAGCUCUUUUCACCCCUAACGUUUGGAGAAACGUUCCACAGCAUUGAAGUUCGUGAUUCUGGGAUUUUCACAGAUACCAUUUGCACGAAACAACAAAACAGGAGUUAGAAGCUGCAUUAUGUAUUCAGCACGGUGAACAUAGAGGUAUAGUUGAUAAGGGUUAACAUGAAAGAAGCUACAAAAUACAGGUAAUUUUAUUCACUUGGAGUUGAUUUAAUUGGUUUGAAGUACUUAACUACUUAGUCUCGUUUCUGUAUAUGUAUAAUAACUAUCCAUGGAUCUCAGAAAGAAUCUGUUUGCGUGUGCUUUUUUCUAAUAUAUUGAUAUAUCUGAUUGGCUUUA